UAAAUUCAAAUACACGAGUCUCCAAAAUUAAGGUAGUUGUCUGUUUCAAACUGUGAUCGAUGGAGGAUUCGAAGCGACACACAUGCUUGAAACUGCAUAUCAAUGGAGAAGAAGCAAUAUUCGUGAAGGGCACUUGGUUUGAUACACACUUCAGCCUCUCCAUCACCGAUGCUUCCACUGCUUGGCACUGCAACGCAUCGGAGGAGGAGUUGAAGCAGCGUGCGGCUCAGUGGGACCAGCCAGUUUCGGAGUAUGUCAAGCUGUCUGAGCGGUAUUUAGGGUUUCAGCAACCUGGUUCUGUUUACGCAUUUGCUGAUGCUGGUGAUGGUCAUAAAAGGUUGUCAUGGACGUUUGAAAAGGGAGGGAUGACGCUGUACUGGCGAUGGAAAUGCAUGCAGUCUCCUGAUUCUAAAAAAACUACUGCAGAAAUAUUGGAUUUUCUCAUGGAUGCAAAUAUCAGGCUUAGUGAAGAAGUUGUCAUAAAAACGGAAUUGUUUGAGAAGACGAAAGUAGAAGCUGAAAAAUGCUUGGCCCAGAGUGAGAGAAUAGCCAAUGAAAGGGUGGAAUUUGAAUCUGAAAUUUAUUCAAAGUUUCUGGGGGUGUUAAAUUCAAAGAAAGCAAAACUAAGAGAGCUUCGAGACCAGCUGUCAAAACAAGAUAACACUGAAAAACAUCCUCAAGAGGAAGAAGACGCAGAUAAAACCGAGAGUUUUGACGAAGAAAGUGAUUAUGACAAAAGCGACGAAGACGAAGAUCCUCAAACAUGUAUUACUAGUUCUUCAAAGGAUGUGGUAGCAAAUAAGCCUUCACGUCGAAGGGGAAGCAAACUGUCGUGACAAAUUAUCUGCACUAACUAGGCAAGAGUUUAUUUUCAUCUUGGAUUUCACAUCUGUACAAAAAUCACUUGAUAUCCAUGACAAUAAUGAUAUGAUUUCUGCACAUUAAUUAUGGUCUGGUCAGUUCGGGUAGAGGCUUACUGGUAGAAUAUUGAAAAACCGUUGUUCAAACCAAUUAACAACAGAUUUUAAGGGUUUAGAUCGGUCUGAUCAAACUGAAAAAAUGUCCCACCAAAACACGAGUGUUUGGUUUGGUUAGAUUUCGGUUUGGUUUGAACAUGUAAGUUUAAUCAAAUUCCUCUUAUUUUUCUUCAUCUUUUAUUAAUAGUCAAUCCUUAUCCUUA